AUGAAUCAUCAAGGCUUCUUUGGAACUGCAAUCAAACGAAAUUCUAAACAGACGAAUUCAAAAAGAGGGGAAGAGUGUUUUAAUAAUAAGUUAUUUGCAAAUGAGAAUCUUAGAAAAAUCUAAUUACCAAAAUAACUUACUUAGCAAUAUUGUUUCUCAUUAGAAUAAGGAGUAUACGGUACAAGAUUGGAAACCAAAUCACCCUCAAAAUAAAUUAAAGAAUCCAACAAUUCCAAAUAGAACAUAGAAAAUACAGCUUUUUAACCUGAAACUUUAAAGUUUUGCUACAAUCAACACUUUUUAGCUCAUGAUUUAUAACCCUUAAUAAAAAUAAGAAGAUGUUAAGUGGAUAAAAAUUGUUAGAAUAAAUAAUAAGUAACUCUAAAUUAGUAGUGUUUUAAUAUUAUAACUAAUAAAAGAAUACGAGCACAAUCAUUUGCUGAAGAAAAAUGCUUCUCUCCAGAUCAAAAUAAGAAAAGAACUAGACUUAAUUCAAUAAAUUAUAAGAAUCUUCAUUGUGAGUCCUUUAGAUUAUAGGAGAAUUAAUCUGAAAAUUACUGA